ACCGUUCAAGAAUAAAUGUUAACGGGUGCUUGAAAAGGUCACACUCGGUUGCUCUCCCCUUGCUUGGCUCUCUGCAUUGACAGCCCUCGCUUCAGACGACCAAUGGACGCCUUCAUGGCCCUUAUUUGCCCUAAUUCCCCUUCCGUUUGGGAUGGAAAUCGAACGUCCGAGUGUUUCGAUAACAUGGUUUUAGGUUUCGGAGUGAAUGCUGCUACUCUUGUUAUGAUUUUUGUGGUUGGAAUUACUCAGAGGAGUGCCGGACGAAGUUGGACGAUUGCUCAGGUAAACAUGCAAGAAAAAUUUUUCUUGCAUUAUUUUCCUGCCAUUGGAGCUUGUUUGUCAUUUUUGGAUCUGGCUUUACUUUUAAACAAAGCACUGCAUGGAGACUUUAUUGUUCAUCACAAGUGGUUUCUCAGAUGCUCUCAGUUUGCUGUCUGGACAACUAUCUUAUUCUUCUCAAUGUCUGCCAACUAUCGGUCCAUAUUUUGCAACUUCAUCCUAUGCUUCUGGUGGAUAGUGAGGCCACUAUUGGGCAUCUUUAAUCUUCUAGCAACAUGUUCUUCAUUUGAGACUUUGAGAUGUCUUAAAGAGAGCAGUAUCGUUUUGUUGGAUAUUGUCUUUGGCAUAUCCAUUAACAUUAUCAGAAUAAAGCGGUCGCCUUCCAAGAGCAGUUCAUUAGAAGAGUCGCUUCUUUCCACUGACAUGGACCUUGAGGAAGGUUGCCUAAAGAAUUCUGGAAACACACAGAGCUAUUGGGAUCUUAUGACAUUCAAAUCUAUCACUUCUGUGAUGAAUUGCGGUGCGGAAAAGCAGCUGGACUUUGAAGAUUUGCUUCAGUUCCCUGCUGAUAUGGACCCAUCUUCUUGUCAUAAUGCAUUGCUAAGCAGUUGGCAAGAUCAGCAGAUUAGGAAUAUAUCUAAUCCAUCCUUGUUUAGAGCAAUCUGUUGUGCAUAUGGGUGGCCAUAUGUUCGCCUAGGUUUUUUAAAGGUGUUUAAUGAUUGUAUUGGUUUUGCUGGACCGUUGCUUCUCAAUAAGCUGAUUCGAUUUCUUCAACAAGGUUCUGGGAAUUUGGAUGGCUAUGUUCUUGCUAUGUCCUUGGGGCUGACAUCUGUCCUUAAAUCCUUUUUUGACACGCAAUACACUUUCCAUCUUUCCAAUCUGAAGCUAAAGAUGAGAUCCAUUAUUAUGAUUGUUAUCUACCGAAAGUGUCUAUGCAUCAGCCUAGCAGAGCGAUCAAAAUUUUCUGAGGGGGAAAUUCAGACAUUCAUGUCAAUAGACGCUGACAGAACUGUCAACUUGUGUAACAGUUUCCAUGACUUGUGGAGCUUGCCUUUGCAAAUAGGAGUGGCUUUGUGUCUUUUGUAUACGCAAGUGAGAUUCGCUUUUGUCUCAGGAAUUGCAAUAACCAUCUUAUUGAUACCAGUCAAUAAAUGGAUCUCUAAAUUGAUUGCGAGUGCUACUGAAAAAAUGAUGAAGCAAAAGGAUGAGAGGAUAAGGAAGACAGGUGAAGUUUUGACAUAUAUUCGCACAUUGAAGAUGUAUGGCUGGGAGCUGCUUUUUUCUAGCCGGUUGAUGGAUACAAGAUCUUCAGAAGUGAAACACCUAACUACGCGGAAGUACUUGGAUGCAUGGUGUGUAUUCUUUUGGGCCACAACACCCACUCUUUUCUCACUGUUCACAUUCGGACUCUUUACACUCAUGGGGCAUCCACUUGAUGCUGCAACGGUCUUCACCUGUCUUGCUCUGUUUAAUACGUUGAUCUCUCCUCUAAAUUCAUUCCCAUGGGUCAUUAAUGGACUCAUUGAUGCAAUUAUAUCUACCAGGCGGUUGAGCAGGUUCCUCUCUUGCUCUGAGUUCAAACCUGGGUUGGAACAGACAGCAGAUUCACCUUCACCAAGUUUUCUGAAUGAACAGUCUGAAGCUACUUCUAAAGAUGCGGCUAUUGCUAUGCGUGAUGCAUGUUGUGCUUGGUCAAGUAGUGAUGAAAAAGAAUGGAAUAUGGUGUUGAAUCAUGUGACUCUAAACCUCCCGAAGGGUUGCUUUGUUGCAGUUAUUGGAGAGGUUGGUUCUGGUAAAUCAUCCUUAUUAAAUUCGAUUUUGGGAGAGAUGCGGCUGCUUCAUGGAUCAAUACAGUCAAUUGGAUCUAUAGCAUAUGUACCACAGGUACCAUGGAUUCUAUCUGGAACUAUACGUGAUAAUAUUUUGUUUGGAGAGAAUUAUGAUCCUAGAAGAUACUCAGAUACUUUAAAGGCAUGCACACUGGAUGUUGAUGUUUCAUUAAUGGUUGGAGGAGACAUGGCUUAUAUUGGAGAAAAAGGAGUCAACAUAUCAGGUGGACAGAGAGCUCGUCUUGCUUUGGCCAGGGCUAUUUAUCAUGGCUCCAAUAUUUUUAUGCUUGAUGACAUCCUCAGUGCCGUCGAUGCUCAGGUUGCUCAAUGGAUUUUAAAUAAUGCUAUCUUGGGUCCUCUUAUGAAGCAACAUACGCGUGUACUUUGUACCCAUAAUGUUCAGGCAAUAUCAUCUGCGGAUUUGGUUGUUGAAAUGGAAAAAGGACAUGUGAAGUGGGUGGGAAGUUCAGCUGACUUGUCUGUCUCUUCAUAUUCAGCAUUCUCUCCGCUAAAUGAAUGCAACACAUAUUUGCACAUUCAACAAGAAGGCAGCAUGGCUACAAACAAUGAAAUUGAACAAGAUCUCCUCCUUGAAAAAGAUGCCACCCAUGUUUCAGAGGAAGCACAAAAGAUCAUUGAAACUGAGCUACGAAAAGAGGGCAGUGUUGAACUUGAUGUAUACAAGAAUUAUGCUGCAUUUUCUGGUUGGCUUAUUACUGUUGUAAUAUGCUUGUCAGCAAUUUUAAUGCAAGCUUCUCGUAAUGGAAAUGAUCUAUGGCUGUCAUUUUGGGUUGAUACAAAGACAGGAAGUAGUCAGACAGAAUACUCAACCUCGUUUUAUCUGGUCAUACUCUUCAUCUUUUCUAUGAUAAAUUCCUUUCUUACAUUGGUGAGGGCAUUCUCAUUUGCAUUUGGGGGCUUACAAGCUGCAGUGAAGGUGCAUGACACACUGCUUUAUACGCUUAUCAAUGCGCCUGUCCAAUUCUUUGAUCAGACACCCGGCGGAAGGAUACUCAACAGGUUCUCUUCUGAUCUCUACACAAUUGAUGACUCCCUUCCAUUCAUUCUCAAUAUUCUCCUAGCCAAUUUUGUUGGCCUGCUGGGAAUUGCUAUAGUUUUGUCAUAUGUACAGGUUCUCUUCUUGCUCUUGCUGUUGCCAUUUUGGUAUAUCUACAGCAAGCUUCAGUUUUUCUACAGGUCCACAUCACGGGAACUGCGAAGGCUGGACAGUGUUUCUCGAUCUCCCAUAUAUGCAUCCUUCACAGAGACACUUGAUGGGUCGUCAACUAUAAGGGGAUUCAAGUCUGAGGACUUUUUCUUGGCCACCUUCACUCGACAUGUUGCCUUGUAUCAGCAAACUUCUUACACAGAAUUGACAGCAAGUUUGUGGCUUUCUCUACGGCUUCAGUUGUUAGCAGCAGUUAUCAUCUCAUUUAUUGCCCUGAUGGCUGUUAUUGGAUCUCAUGGUGGUUUACCUGUUAGUUUGGGCACCCCAGGGCUGGUAGGACUGGCUCUCUCCUAUGCAGCUCCAAUAGUGUCUUUGUUGGGGAGCUUUUUAACAAGUUUUACUGAAACAGAGAAGGAAAUGGUUUCUGUUGAAAGAACUCUUCAGUAUAUGGAUAUUCCUCAAGAAGAACUGCAUGGAUCCCAAUCUCUCAAUCCGGAUUGGCCGUGUCGAGGACUGAUUGAAUUUAAAAAGGUUACUUUGAGAUACAUGCCAUCUUUGCCUGCUGCACUUUGUGAUAUUACUUUUACAAUUGGGGAAGGGAUGCAGGUUGGAAUCAUUGGCAGAACAGGUGCUGGAAAAUCCAGUGUCUUGAAUGCCCUUUUCCGCCUUACUCCAAUAUGUGGUGGAUGUAUUCUGGUGGAUGGAAUAAACAUAGCUGAUGUUCCUGUUAGAGACCUCCGUUCACAUUUCUCUGUUGUUCCUCAGAGUCCAUUCUUAUUUGACGGAUCAAUAAGGGAUAAUCUAGAUCCAUUCCGGGUGAACGAAGACUUCAAAAUUUGGAAGGUUUUGGAGAAAUGCCAUGUCAAGGAUGAAGUAGAAGCAGCGGGAGGGCUAGAUGUUUGCAUGAAGGAAUCUGGGAUGUCCUUUUCUGUUGGGCAACGGCAGCUGCUUUGCCUUGCUCGUGCACUUCUCAAGUCUACAAAGGUAUUGUGUUUGGAUGAGUGCACGGCUAAUGUUGACGCUCAAACAGCAUCAGCAAUACAAAAUGCGAUGUCCACUGAAUGCAGAGGCGUGACAGUGAUUACAAUUGCCCACCGCAUUUCAAUGGUUGUGAACGUGGACAACAUUCUGAUUCUUGACAAUGGGAACCUGGUCGAACAGGGUAACCCCCAGGCUCUACUACAAGACGAGUUCUCCAGAUUUUCAAGUUUUGCUAAGGCUUCUACAAUGUGAGUAAUACAGAAGCACUGCUGCACUCGGUGUUGACAAUAUGCACCUUGAGAUAUACAACGCAGAUCAGAUCUGUAAUCAUAACUUAGGUAAAUUAUCAAGGGAUUUCCAAUCCCUUUUCAUUUGCAACCUGGAAUAGGCAACCACAUUGUUGAAAUUUAGGAUAUCACGUCUUUAGCUGGUCUACUUCUUGCAGAACUUGUACCUGAAACUAAGCGUAACUUGUUGACAAUUAUAUUAAAUUUCUAUAACGUGCUAAAUCAUUUCAAUUGUGACCGUUAGAAGCUUA